CACAAAUAAAUUCCUCACCGGACGAACGUUUUAGAACCUUUGCCAUUGUUGUAUUCUGUGAAGAAAUUACGUUAGAAGUUCUGUGGAGAUCGGAGGCAUGAAAAGCAACCAAGCGUCCAAACAAACCUCAUCACGCAAAGAAAACGUUUGACGAUUUUGCGUGAAAGUAGCCAUUGAUUGCGUGUUUUACAACAGCCAGAAGGUUGUUCCGAUGAAUUGUCUUUAUGAGAAGUACUACUUUGUCUGUCUGCAAGUUUGCUUUUGCGGUGCAGAUGCUAUUCGCGAUGCCGCCACAUACGCUGCUGGCACGGCCUGUCAUGUCAUGUAGCAACUUCUCACCGAACAUCGUGGAACGAUUUCUCUCGGUUAAAUACUCUGUUUUCAUCCUUUUCCGCUACAAUUUUUGCAAUCUCUGUCGGAAGAGCACUUGUCACACGUUUCUUUAAAGUUUCUCUCUGAUUAAACUCCGUAUUUCGAUCUGCCCGGAUGACUGGCUAUGGCCUAUUUACGUUCGGCUGUCAGAAACGCCGUUCCUAUCUCUCUCUCUCUUCUUGUCAGUGUCAUCGCCGUGUCAGCGCGUCUCGCCGCCGCCCAGCCAGCAGCGCCCCUGCAGCCCCUGCAGCAGCAGCAGCAGCAGCAGUGCUGACGGAGGCCGUCGCAGCCCGCCCUGCCCUGCCCGACUCAGGUCGGCCGUUGAUUUUUUUCUGAAGAAAAGGAUAAAGGAUUCAAAAUGUUUAGUUUUCACAAACCCAAGGUUUACCGGUCAUCAGCUGGUUGUUGCAUUUGCAAAGCCAAGUCCAGCAGUUCCCGAUUUACAGACAGCAAGAAAUAUGAGGAAGAUUUCAUGGAAUGCUUCCGUUUGCCGGAACGUCGUUCAGGUGAAAUUUGUAACGCAUGUGUUCUGUUGGUGAAACGCUGGAAGAAGCUACCUCCUGACAGUGAACGCAACUGGCGCCAUGUUGUUGAUGCUCGUGCUGGACCAGGCACAAAGUCUCUGACUAAAUUCAAAGCCAAGAACAAGAAAAAGAAACUUAAAGCUGAAGGCUCUAAGAAGGCUGAAUCAGUGAAGAAGAAGCAUGUGUACGUGAAAAGUGCAGACCGUGACCGUAGCCCAACAACAUUUAGUGAUGGAGAGGAAAUGGAGGAGAAUGGCUUCAGUGGACCUCCAAGUUUGGCUCCAAGUCCAACACCUAGCGAAGAUGGAGAGGUCACUAUACCGACAGUGAAGAAAAGGCGCAAUAGAUCCCGGUCGCCACAACAUAAAUCUAGUUUGAAACAUCGUGGUUCUCCUGCUAUCAGCGGUUUUCUUGACAUGAAAAUUUGGAAAAGGAAACAAAUUUGUUGUGGUAUCAUUUUUCAAGGACCUAAUGGAGAGAUUGUGAAAGAUCCAAGGUUUUACAAACCAUGCCAUUUAACUAUGCCGAUAAAGCAAGAGGUUCAAGAAGUUGUGGUUGAAGAAGUAGUCCCUCAAGAACAAGAGAUCCCCAUGGAUAUUAUUGAGCAUAAGCCAGUCAUCGAGGAGCUUCAAAUUCAAGAGCAGGUAGAACUCCAGCCACCUCCACCUCUUCCUGUUUCUGUUUUAGCUGGAGCUUCACCCGAGGCUUCACCGCAUCAGUCUCCACAUCGCUCAGCACUUCCCAUCCUUCCUGCUCCUCAACCUCUAGCAUCAGUGAAAGUUAUUGCUGUAGCAAAUGCUGUUGCAAGCAAUCCUGCAAAAUCUUUCAGUGAUUCAAGUUCUGACUCUGGUUAUGAUGAGUCAUCAAAUCAAGGUGUUCAGGAAAAUGGGGCAGCUACACCCACUCACGAUCCUGCUGGUGACUUAUCCAAGCGGUGUCUUCAGGCUGUCGAGACAAAAGUGGUUUAACCUCUGUGUCUAAAUAGAUCUUUUUAAAAUCCCCUAUUUUAGUGUAAUUAAGGUGCACAUUGGCUGCAGGGCGGAAUGCGAUGUGCCAACUCGUAUCACAUUAUAAGUUGAGAACUUCCUAAUUUUACUUGAAGUAUUGAAUCUCCUUUGGAGUUACAGAAACAAGUGGUAAAGAAGCUCACAGACAAUCAAUUUUAAAGAAAAUUUCUAUGUUUGCCUCUCUCUUUGAGAGCAAACAAAUUAGUAAAUUAAGUGAUAGGGACACUUUUGUUCCUGUGAUUUUAUACUUUUACAAAGGUAUUAACUAUGAGGAAUUUUGAUAAAAUCUGUGAAUGGCUUUAACAUUAUAGUAUUCAGAGUAAUGUUUGAUUGUUAGACAUAAUUGUGAUUGUAGGUUGAUCCUGCUGCAUUUUAUGAAAUGUGAUGUAAGGUAAGAAAGACUUCUGUGGUGUGUGCAAUAAUUCUGAUUCCUGAUAGUUUGUGACAGGGCUUCCUGUGGUCCAGCACAACUAGUUUGCGACUAUGAGGAGGGUACUGAGUGCGUAGUUCUAUUGUAUGGCAGUCGCUAUCCCAACCCCAGCCAAUGUGUUCGAGAGAGAAGUGAGAUUGUGUUACUUGACUUAGUUAACUUCAAUUUUUAGUCCCAUUGUAGAGCAAUCGUGGUGGGUCCAAUUUUUGUCAAGAGCACAUAUUUCCACCUUCCCUCAUCAGCAGUUACAUGAUUAGUUGGAUUUUGUCACAAAUGUUAGGAGGUAUCAAUCUAGCUGUCAUACACGUCUAUUGAGUACUUAAUGUCCUAUGUUACAAGGUCAAAAUUUUCCCCGUGUGUUUAGGCAAUUUGUAUAGUACUACCAGCAUCAACAUGUGCAGGUGUUAAAAUAAUGUAAUCCAAUCAGGAUGCCACUGUCUUAUUUCUGAAUCUCAGAAACCAUGAGAUCUAGAGAGGACUCUCUUUUGUGCUCAGCUCUAACUUCCUAUAGUUAGUUGUUUUUAGCAAUACAGUACUAAAUGCAAGACAUUUUGUCAGUAAGAGUUGCUUGGCGAGAAAAACUUGCAUGUACUGAUCCUGUCAAUACCUCCCUGCUUAGUUGUGUAUUUUAGAGUUAAUGUUCUUGCAAUACUCAUUUAGCUUUGAUGUUGAUUCUAUAUGCUGAACAUUAAUCCUCUCUGUUUUUCCUCUGGUAUGGGAGAUUGCCGCAUUUAGACUCCUCUGCUGGAUCCAUCAUUAGUGGCAGCUUUCAAUGGCUCGUAUUCUUCUCUUUUCAUAUAUUUAUAACUAUAUAAACUAUAUACAUAUGCGUAGUUUUGUGGAGCUCUUGGUUUCCUGUCAUGUAGCUAUAACAUGGUGGCCUCCAAAUUUUUCUUGAUUUAUGUACUUGUUCUCUUUGGAAGAUAAGGGCGUUAAUGUCUUACCAUGAUUGGAAUGUGAGGUGCUCUUGAAUAGGCUACAGCAUAUCAGCACUGUAUCAUUAUUGCUAUUUUAGUAGAUCAAUGCCUAAGUACAUUACUUAAGUACUUUCCUCUCAAAUGUAGUACAAUUUAUUUCUUAUACCUUAUGUAUGAUAUGCUAAUACAAUUUUUCAAGUAUUUUAAAGUGAUUGAGCAUGGUGUGUUGUAGAAAUUGGUUGUCCAUUUUAAACACUUGUCAUUUUUCUUCCUGUCUUAAUUUGAUACAAUUUUUAUGGGGACUGUUAUGCCAAACAAAGGGGUCUUAAUCAACUUUUUCCUUGCCUUGUAAUUGGCAAAAUCUAAUGACCAAAGUAUGGUAGUAAUAUGGCAAGGUCAAAUUGAAGUGAGAAAUACUCGCUAUAUAUUAAGAAGGUCUUCUUUGGUGAAACCAGUCUUCAAUAUAACAUAGUUGAUAUUGGCAAAUAUCCAAAGAAUGUAAAAAUAAUGUGGCAUUUGAAGACUGAUGUGUGAGGCCAAACGAUGCCCACACUUAUUGUGGCUCGAACAAUUUAGACUUUUUUGUUUUUAAACAUUGCCCUCUUGUGAUGCCAUGCUCUUCUCAAGGCAAUUUUACGUAUUUAAAUUUGGACUGUUUCUAUCCUAAGUGUCAUUCUGAGAAAUUGAUAUGUGAGACUUAUGUUAAGUUUUGUAAGUCAACUGUUGCAUCGAGUUUUAGAGAAUACUUUUCCCCAAAUGAAAUUCUAAGUCUGUCUGAACUAAACUCAGUCAACGCACAGCUUCAUGAAGUAUUUAUAUACUUCUCUUUUCAAUAGUACAUCCUAUCAUCUCAAUUUUUAUUAUGUUUGGAUUAUCUAGCUCAUCUGGUGAAACAUCUGCUAAACAACUUUGUUGCAACAUGUUCUCAGUAGUGCAUUCAGUGGAAAAAAUGUUCUUCUCAUUUCAAUGAGCGUUCUGUUUUAAUUACAGUGAGACUUUGAUCUUGCUCAGAGAUCAGUUUUAGCACUGCAGACGUUGGCAUUUAUGUGUGGUGUUUGUUUUCCCCAUUUUUUCCCUUUUUUUCUUUUUAUUCAUUGCUCAAAUGUAAUAGCUUAGCAAAAGUAACGUUAACUUUUAUUCUUUAUUAUUCCAAUUAAUGACUUGUGGGUAAUGUUUCUAUUCCUCAGUUCAACUGAAAUUUCUUAUGGCUGAUUAGUUUUUGCUCAUUACCCGUCCCUAUGCAUUAUCACUUUCAAAGGGUCCACUUUCAAGUAGCUAGGCCCAUAUAACAAAUAGCCUGUGAAAUCCAGUGUUUCUUUAGCCCAGCUACUUACAAUUGAACCUAAUACUGUCCUGAAGGGAAUCAAAACUACUGGCUGAAUAGGAUUUUUAUCAAGAUCUAGUCUCAUUAACUUACCAAUUGAGAACAAUGCAUUGCUACUUUGUUAUGGAUCAUGUGUUUCCCAUGUGGAUGAGACUGAAGUAAGUCCACUUAGGAAAAUUAAAAUAACCAUAGAAUAAGAAAUUAACUUUUCCAUGUUGUACAAGUAUUAUUUGUGUGCCCUUAUGGUAAGUGUGUUUUAUGUCUCUUUAAAUCUUGUUUAAAAUAGCUAUUGUAUUUAUUGAUAAAAUGGAUUGCUGAUGUACCUUUCUGUGUGAUGAAAUGUAUAGGUCGCUGCAUGCCAUAGAAGAUACCACUACUAUGUAUGUGAUCUCAUGUGACCGGUUUUUAGGAAAUCUGGUCUCUUAUUUCAUAUGUAGAAUCCAACUGUACUAAAAAAAUCAUAUAGCUUUCAGCUUUCAAGUUUUGAUUUUACUAGAGACAUCUGUAUAUUGAAUUAUCACAAUUCUUUUAUUUAUUUUUUUAAGUUCUUGUUAUCUUUUCACCAGCUUGGAGAUUUUCCUAAGCUUUAGUGAAGUGUGACAAAAAUGCCUUGCUUAUAGUUGACAUGUACCAUAUAUCAUAUCAUUUGAAGACUGCACUCUUGGUUGAUAUUUCUGCUUUACUCACUCACUGAAGUUCGCAAAUUAUUUUAGAACUGUUAAAUCAUGGACUAAGGCUUCUCUGCCAAAAUUAACUGCAUUAUUGAUAAGUUUUGUUUGACAGUGGCUUUAACAAGCUUUUAUUUGGAAACUGUUUGUAUUUUUAAUGAAAUCAUUCCUAUUGAAUAGCAUAAAAUUUAUUUAUCUUCAUGAGUAGUAGGUAAUACUAAUUCAUACUCUCAUCCUGGUGUCACAUUAAUUGUCAAACACACAAAAGAUUUGAACGUUCUGCUCAGGAUUUACCUACUCUACUAGAAUGCUUGCCUCUUCCUUCUUUGCACAUACUAGAAACUUCCCUCUUAAUAUAAUGAAGAUUGAUUGCCAGGAAAAGAUCAAACUAACCACACCAGUGGUUGCACUAAUUAUGGGCUUUUAACUCCUUAUAAUUUUGCUUUUAGUCCUAUUCCUUGAAUGUUAAAAGCAAAUUUACAGGGCCGUGAGAGCAUGAAAACAUGAAAAAGUGCCUCCAUUUGUCUGAUUUGUUGUUUCCUUAAUAUUUUUUUGUUACUCUUGAAUGGCACGCUCACAAGACACUUGCUAAUCUCUUUAUCAUUGUCUAAAGAAUUAUUUUGUUUUUAAUUUGACUUCUAUGGUGCUCUAUGAAAUUGCUGCAUAACAAGACCUUUUGUAUAUUAGUGGUAAGCAAAGAGAUCUUUUAAUUAAUUUCUGUGUCAUCAUGACACAAAUGAAACCAUGAUAUGUAUAGACAAAUUUCCAAUUCUUUAUGUAAUAUUUGAUUAAGUAGGAUGUAUGCUGCAGUUAUGUUCUAAAUACAUUUCUAGCCAACAUCAAUAUCUGUCUUCUUCUUUUUGCCUCUCUUCAUUUUAUUUUAUGUUAUAAUUGUGUGAAAUCGUGAUUAUAUAUUUAUUUGAUCAAAAAGUCUCAGCAUAAUAAUUUAAGGUGGGCUUUAAUGUUAGGAUCCUACUGUGCAAUUUCAACGUUGUUUUCUUGUUUUUCUGUGCUAGAGAUUGAAGUUCCAUGAAGUAAAUCAUUUGAAACAAUCAAGAUGUGGCAUUACAUUUUAAUGUUUUGUUAUUGUUCAUCACUUCCCAGAAACUUUAUUUGAUUGGUUGAUCAUGCCAACUUUUUGAAUGACACGAAAUAAUAUAUUUUAUUUUAAUAUGAUCAACAUACAGAAAGUGUGGAAGAGAUUAUCAGUGUGCUUGUACAUAGUAAGUGAUGCGCUGCCUCUGUAAGAUAUCAUAUAUAUAUAAAUAUAAUUUAUAGACGUAUGUAAAUCUUACACACUGCCCCGAUCUCAGGUUUCUGGAUUAUUUUGUGUUAUCAACUGUUAAUGAAUUGUUACCGAUUUGACAAGCAGUAAAGACUUGGCCAACUGAACACACUCCAAGUGCCAAUUUUUAUGAGAUAUCUACUUAAAUGGUUCAUUAGAAAGAACAUUUGAGGUAUUUUUGAAGAGCUGCAUUUAUCAGUUAGACAAGUGGCAAGUAUGAUGUUGAUUCUUGUUUGAUGCCCUCGUCAUCUUAAAAGUAAAACUGAGAUUCUUAACUUGCCAAUAUUCUCAAGUACAAAUCUCAUUUAGCAGACCUCUUGUAGUCCUCAUUUCUAUUCAUACCUGGUUUUUGUGUUUAGAUGGCUGUUCUUUAUAGUUCAUGUCUUGGUAUCAAAUUGAGAAAUGAAGUAAACUCAUGAUUUUCUCCAUUAUAUAUUUUAUAUGUCAUUUAAUUACAUCAUUAUUUAAUUGUUUUUUUUUAUUUUUUGCUAGUGUUCUUUUUUGUUCAUUAAAGUGGAACUAACAUGAUGGGA